AUGAUAAAUUCGGCGCUAGUGGCCAUUUUCCCGGCAUUCAAUACCCUCGACAUCGCCGGCCCGAUAUCAAUUCUCUCCAACACCAAUUUUUCCAUCACGAUCGCUGCAAAAGAUGAAAUCACCACAUCACAAGAGAAUAUCGAGGUGAAGCGGUCUGUUUCAUUCAAGGAAGCGCAAGCUCGCCUAUCAGAAUACGAUAUCCUCAUUGUGCCAGGGUCACGAUCCAGAAAUAUCUUGCCCUAUGUCCAGCCCGAGAGCGGACGGCUGCUAGAGCUGCUAGAGAUGAUCGCACACUUCGCACAUCCACAAGCCCCCAUCGCCAGAAAGCGGACUAUUCUAUCUGUGUGUAUUGGAAGCUAUCUGCUUGGAGUGGCCGGUGUUCUUGAUGGGCUUAAGGCCACCACUCAUCGCCUUGCAAUCAAUGGCCUACGAACCGCAUGCAGUGAGUAUACUUUACGAACGCCUGAUGCUAAAGGAACAGAAAUUGUUCCCGAGGACCCAUCAGACACGGUUUCAUACUGCGAUGGGGGGUUAAACCAAUCUGGUGUCAGAGUCAUCACCUCUGGUGCUGUUACGAAUGGUAUUGAUGCGACUAUAUAUUUUAUUGCCACGCGAUUGGGCCGUUCGGUUGCUCUGGAGGUUGCGGGACUUAUUGGACAUACUUGGAGAGAAAUCACGCCUUGA